CUCAAUCAAUAACUGAGAAGUAGAUGAAAGACUUAGUACUGAAGUCAUGAUGUGAUCAUUGCUUGCAUUGUAUUCACACAUUCACCGCACUAUUACUGACCAUUCAUUUCAUAUAAUAGUGUCUAAGAGUGGUAUCAUUGCAUCAAAAUGAGUGUCAAUUUCUACAAAAAUCGGGACCAAAUGGUGUCCGCCUAUAAAGAAGUGAUUAAUGAUAAGUCAAACACCAAUUGGGCACUCUUUGGUUACGAGAAGCAAACAAAUGACUUAAAACUCAUUGAUAAGGGCAGCGGAGGGUUAGAAGAACUCUUCGAUGGAUUCAAUUCGAGCCAAAUCUUGUAUGCCUUCUGCGGUAUAAAGGAUCCCAACACUGAUCUAAUCAAAUAUGUGCUCAUAAACUGGCAAGGAGAAGGAGCUCCUCUUCAACGCAAAGGUAUCUGUAUUAACCAUUUCCGUGAUGUCAACGACUUCUUCAAAGGCUCGCAUUUGACGAUAAAUGCCAGAACUGAAGAAGAGGUCGAACCGGAUGUGAUUUUAAGCAAAAUAGCAAGAGUUUCGACAAAAGUAAACCUAAAGGAGAGGUCAGAGAUCAGUGAAAACAUAAGUCCUGUCGGAACCAAUUAUCGAAGAGUUCAGCCCCAGAGAGAGAUCAGUCAAACGGAUAGAGAAGAGUUCUGGGCUAAGACUCAGGAGGAAGAGAAACUCCGACUCAGCGAAGACAAGAAGAAAUUGAAUGACAAUAGGAUUAAGUCGGAGAAGGAGAGGGAGGAGAGAGAGAUGAGAGAAGCGAAGCAAAGGGAUCUAUCGGUUCGGGAAAGGGAUGCAAACAUUAUGCAAAUAAGGGAAUCCGAGAAAAACGCAACAAAUUCAGCCAAAAACGAAAGUCUUGGGAAGGAUUCAGUUGACGACAACGAAAGGCGUCAGAGAAGUGAAAACCUGAGGCGCGAAAGAGCCGAAGAAGUGAAAGCAGUGAUCCCUCAGAGCUCUAUACAGAAGGCUCGCGCCCUCUUCGAGCAGAACUCGAGCGCCGGACAAAUGAAUGCCAUUCGCAACGCCUAUCCCUCGAAUCAGUCGAACAACAAAUUGGUUUCCAAUCGAAAAGAGUUGUUUGAAUCCAACAAAACUUUGCCAAAUGUCUCAAACGUGUCGACACAAAAUGCCGUUAAAUCUAUUCAAAGCCUUUCCAUCAACGAUGAAGUGAAUGGAAAUCAUGUCAAGACUGUGACGACUGUCUUUCAAAAGGACGUCCGCCACGAAGAGCCCGUCACUAAAGCGCCAGAAGCAGCUCUUCCACCCUCUCCUGAGCCCACUAUUGAGCCAACUAUUGAAACCAUUAGUGAGAGCCCUGACGAAGUGGUAGCUACUAAUGGAGAUCACGAUAAUAACACUUCAAACGGUGUUUAUACCAGAGAUUUAUUGCAGGAGACAUAUCUUGAUAAUCAUCCGCUCGAAGAUAUAGCUGAGGAGCAGACGUGGGACGAGCCGAAUAAUGGAGUGGAAGAUGAAUACGAUUCCACAGAAAAUGUAUUAUCGGAUCGAAAGGAGGGAAACGCGACAGAAGUGGGACUGAAGAAAGCGCGCGCACUGUUCGACUACCAGGCCGCUGACGAGACUGAGAUCAGCUUUGACCCUGAUGACCUCAUCACACACAUUGAACAGAUCGACUCCGGGUGGUGGCAGGGAUUGGCGCCCGACGGCACUUAUGGCUUAUUUCCGGCCAAUUAUGUCGAACUAAUUGAUUAA